AUGGACAUUGCCGCAUCGCUGCUCAUUCAUCGCAUUGAUUGUUUGCUAUUCAAUGAAGGAGGUGCUAGGUACGAGAUGAAUAUCAAUCCGGGAACGUUUCGGUUUUUUGCUUGGGCCGUUGCACUGGCAACCAGCCGCAUCUUCACAUUCUACUACUUUUCAGCGGGAGAGAAAACGUGUCACUGCAACGAAUUCGUCGGCAUGGAUCCUGAUAUGGAGUUCAACGCCCUUUCGGCGUUAUAUCAAAGCGUCAUACAGGAUAUGAAGCAAUCGUAUCCGGCAUGGGAAAUGGUAGGACAGCGUGCUCAGAAAUUGUCCGCACAGUUACGGGCCACCGCUACUUGUUUGGCCGGAUUUGUAGACGCCGUGCAAGCCGUAAGCGACUACGCCAAUAAUCUUAAAGGUGCUGCUCGGGAUAUGGGUGUUUGUAUGACGAGAGUUUGUAUGCGAGAGCGAGCGAUUGAGCAUCGCCUUAGAGCCGUAGCUGAUGCACUAGCGGAUGAAACAGCCGUAAGCAUCCAACAAAGAGCCGGUUAUUGGAAGCAAAGAACCUCAGACCUUGAUAAAACUGCAGCGAAACAUGUGAAAAAGAUAAGAACCAGAAAAGGACGACCGGAUCCGUCAGCAGUAGCCGAGCAACGUCAGCUAUGUAGUCAAGUGCUCAGUGAACAACGCACUCAAUUCUCGUUUUUUAUUGGAACACUCAUGCCUGUUCUUAACGCUGAGAUUUCAAUGCUUGACGAGGGACCGCACAUCCGACAAGUUGUUGACAAUCUGGAUAGUACUGUAAAGUUGGUGGAUGGCCAUACAUUGGUACAAACGAUUCUUGGCGACGUUUGUCAAGGUGCUGAUAACGCUUGGAGACAAUGUCUUACGAAUGCAGCUCGCGCUUUUCAUAACGGUGAUUCUAGCGUGGACGGGGGACUUUCCACACGUGCAACCACUCCUGGGAGCAGUUUUAGUCACGAAGACAGUGAUAUGACACCUCAAGCACCUAGACCGCAUACAAUCUCCGCCGGCACAAGAUACACCGCUAGUCAUUGCGGAAUCACCUCGAAUACAUUCGUUCCUCCUAAGCCUCCUCUUCAACGACGACCGAGUGAAAGAAGCAUAACUAAGGCUCGAUUUACCCCGCCACCCGAAGUACCCAACACACAUCAACAAAACAACCAUUCCCAAGUACCUCCAUCUGCUUAUCGACCCGCGGCCGGUUCACAGUUCGACUUAUCAAUGAAUCAGAAUGGUCGAGUACAACGACCACAAAGUUUUACUGGAGAACUGAGGACUACGUUUGCAAGUACCCCAACGUAUUGUACUGGGCCAAGUUAUCCGACCGGUAGCAGUUCGUGUAGCAGUUCCGAUGCAGCGUCAUCCGCCGCCUUAAUUGCUGAGACAUUACAGCAAAUCGACCAAUUAGGAUCUGAUCUGGAAAACUACUGUGUGGCAGCCGAUCAACAACAUAAUCCUGCUCCGCAACGCGUGCACACAGAAUAUGCAGCUCUACGAAAUACGAACGGAUGUGAAGCAACAGCUAAUGGACAUGCUACCGGUGGUGGAGGAUCUGGUGUCACUAAUUCCAAUACACAGAACGGCACCAUUCGUAUCAGAGGAGAAAGCACUUCUCGACCGCCACCUCCAGCUCGUCGAAGUAGCACCAUAACGUCAGCUACACCUACAGCUCCUUCCAUAGCUGAAGCACGAAUGAGUAUGGGAUCUGUUAUGGGAAGUCGACAGUCGCUAAAUUCGAGUGGAUUGUACUGUCCACAUGGCUCCAAUCAAGACCUACGAUUUUCGAAUGUUAAUCCGUACAAUAGGCCUGCACCGAAUUACAAAAUCUGAUAUAUCUUUAUCGAUCCACAAAUGUACAUAAUGUUUCCACAUUUCCGGUGAGUGCUGUACUGUAAUUGUGCGACACGCAAUUAUAUUUAUAACGAGAGUACGACAGUCAGUGCCUUUUCCAUGUUUCUCAUUUUCGUUUCAUUUCUUUCGUGUUUUUCUUCGUUAUGCUCACGGUGAAGCUAUUUUUUCUGUAAUUACAUACCUAAGUUUCUCAAAAAUCUGAAGGAAGAACUGGUCUAUGUGUGUUGUUACGCGUGCGCUUGUCCUAAGAGCUGCCUAGCAGCGUUUGGGAAGCGUUUCAGGUUCCAUACUCAUUCAUUCAUUCUUUUCAUUCUUUUUCCGGAUUUCCUCGUUCUUGCUCACUAGGCUUUUCAGUCGUUUUCGACUUGUUUUAGCAUACUGCCACAGCUAUUUUUCAAGACUUUCAAUCGCAUGACUCGU